AAGAAGAAGAAGAAAUGGAAUUCACAAACAAGAUCAGUAAUGGAAAUGUUUCAAUCUGCCUUGAAGACCCUUUGAACUGGGGAAUGGCAGCGGAGUGUCUCAAGGGAAGUCACCUCGAGGAGGUGAAGCGUAUGGUGACUGAGUAUCGUAAGCCAAUCAUUAAUCUCGGUGGUGAAACACUCACCAUCGCUCAGGUAGCGGCGAUCGCCACACUUGAAGCGGUCGGUGGUGGCGUAACGGUGGAGCUUUCGGAGUCGGCGAGAGCCGGAGUUAAGGCGAGUAGCGAUUGGGUUAUGGAGAGCAUGAACAAAGGGACAGAUAGCUAUGGUGUUACUACUGGUUUUGGUGCAACUUCACAUAGGAGGACUAAACAAGGAGGUGCCCUUCAGAAAGAACUCAUCAGGUUCUUGAAUGCUGGAAUCUUUGGGAACGAGACAGAAUCUAGCCACACAUUGCCACACUCGGCCACAAGGGCAGCCAUGUUGGUGAGGAUCAACACACUCCUCCAAGGCUACUCGGGUAUCCGAUUCGAGAUAUUAGAAACCAUGACCAAGUUCCUAAACAGCAACAUCACUCCAUGCUUGCCACUCCGUGGAACCAUCACUGCUUCAGGAGAUCUCGUCCCUCUAUCUUACAUCGCAGGGCUCUUAACAGGCCGCCCUAAUUCAAAGGCAAGGGGCCCAGAUGGGAAAUGGCUCAAUGCUGCCGACGCAUUCCGUACAGCUGGAAUCGACCGUGGAUUCUUCGAGUUGGAACCUAAGGAAGGUUUGGCCCUCGUCAACGGUACUGCGGUGGGGUCCGGCAUGGCAUCAAUGGUCCUCUUUGAAGCUAACAUCCUAGCCGUCCUUGCUGAAGUUAUAUCGGCCAUCUUUGCGGAGGUGAUGCAAGGCAAACCAGAGUUUACGGACCACCUGACCCACAAAUUGAAACAUCACCCAGGUCAGAUUGAAGCAGCGGCCAUCAUGGAACACAUAUUGGACGGUAGCUCUUACGUUAGAGCAGCAAAAAAGCUACACGAGAUGGAUCCUUUACAAAAACCCAAACAAGAUCGGUACGCUCUCCGUACAUCUCCCCAAUGGUUGGGCCCACUAAUCGAAGUGAUCAGAUCAUCCACCAAAUCCAUCGAACGUGAGAUCAACUCCGUAAACGACAACCCUUUGAUCGACGUGUCAAGAAAUAAAGCACUCCACGGUGGCAACUUCCAAGGGACCCCAAUUGGUGUUUCCAUGGACAACACCCGUUUGGCCAUCGGUUCAAUCGGAAAACUCUUGUUCGCUCAAUUCUCCGAAUUGGUCAACGAUUUCUACAACAAUGGUCUCCCUUCUAAUCUCUCCGGUGGUCGGAACCCUAGCUUAGAUUAUGGCUUUAAAGGCGCGGAGAUCGCCAUGGCUUCUUACUGCUCUGAGCUUCAGUUCUUGGCUAAUCCGGUCACCAACCAUGUCCAGAGCGCAGAGCAGCACAACCAAGACGUUAACUCUUUGGGACUCAUCUCUUCCCGGAAAACCGCCGAAGCGGUGGAGAUCUUGAAGCUCAUGUCGUCGACAUUCUUGGUGGCGCUCUGCCAAGCUAUCGAUUUGAGACAUUUGGAGGAGAACUUGAAGCAGACGGUGAAGAACACAGUGAGCCAAGUGGCAAGGAGGGUUUUAACCAUGGGAGUUAACGGAGAGCUUCAUCCGUCGAGGUUUUGUGAGAAGGAUCUACUUUUGGUAGUGGAUCGGGAGCAGUUGUUUGCUUACGUGGACGAUCCAUGCAGUGCCACGUACCCACUUAUGCAAAAGCUGAGACAGGUUCUUGUCGAGCACGCGCUGAGUGACGGCGAGAAUGAGAAGAACGCUGGUAGUUCUAUUUUCCAGAAGAUUAGUGCUUUUGAAGACGAAUUGAAGGCGAUUUUGCCUAAAGAAGUGGAAGCGGCAAGGAGCGCGGUGGAGAGCGGGAACGCGGCGAUCCGGAACCAGAUCGAGGAGUGUAGAUCGUAUCCAAUUUACAAGUUUGUUAGGGAGGAAUUGGGAACUGUACUUCUGACGGGAGAGAAGGUGAAGUCGCCCGGAGAGGAUUUCGAUAAGGUGUUUACGGCAAUGUGUCAGGGGAAGAUCAUUGACCCUUUACUCCAUUGUCUCAAGGAAUGGAAUGGAGCUCCUCUUCCAAUCUGCUAGU